CACCGUAUUCUGUUUUUCCCUUUCACCAAAGAAGAAACCCACUCAGGCUGCUCCUUCAAAACCACUUAUUGUUUCUAGGCAAUGAAUCAUGGGCUUCAUCCGGCGACUUUUCGGUUCCAAAAAGGCCGCCAAUAAUCCCCGGCCGGAGAAGGACAGGCGACGCUGGAGCUUCACCAGAUCUUCUAAUGCCACCUCGUCCAAAAACAACAAACCUCCUGUUCCAGCCGAUGAUGGUAACUUGGAUGCCAACAAGCACGCCAUAGCUGUCGCCGCUGCCACCGCGGCUGUCGCCGAGGCGGCACUUGCGGCAGCCCAUGCAGCUGCGGAGGUGGUGAAACUGACCAGUGGCGGAGGCGGCGGUUCUGCUGGUGGUGGUGGUGGUGGUGGCAGCCACCGGCGUUUGGCACAGGAAAUGGCGGCAGUCAGGAUACAGUCCGCCUUUCGAGGUUAUUUGGCAAGGAGGGCGCUGAGGGCAUUGAAGGCAUUGGUGAAGCUUCAAGCACUAGUGAGAGGCCACAUUGUGAGAAAGCAAACUGCCGACAUGCUUAGGCGUAUGCAAACGUUGGUUAGAGUGCAAGCCAGGGCACGUGCUAGUCGUGUUUAUGUGACUGAGUCGUUCAAUUCUAGUAGCAAGUGGAGCCAGUCUCGGAAUAGUGUAAGACAAUCUUCAUUCUUGCUGAUGAACUUUUUUUGACUUUUAGGCUUGCAUUAUGAUCCCAUAUUAUUUUUUUUCCUGACACAUAACAUGUUGAAACCUUGAUGGACCACAUGAAUACUUGACUUAAUAAAAUGAAGUUCUGACUUCUUUGUGUAGAGUUUUCUUUUUCAUGGCCAAAUGGAAUUGAAUAAAGACACUUUAAUGAAGAAAAAGAUGAUAACCUACAUGAGGAACCCUCAUUGUCAGAUUGCUAUACCAGCAAAUUAUUUUGAUUCCAAUUUCCUUUUUCAUGAAAGAUUUUUUUAUUCUUUUACUCUUUGAUGUGCUUUGAUUAUUAUUGAGAUAAUCUUGAGAUCAAGCGCACUCAACUAAAACUAACUCAAAAAAGCCUUUCUGUGAGCUAGGCUGCCAUUAACAUAUAACUUCCUCCGAAGUAAUUAUGUUUUAUUUAGGUUUUCAGAACUUGAUCAAACACAAUUUAUUUGCUGAUGAAAAAGUUAUCAACAUAAUUUAUUUUGUACUGUCCGUGCAUUCGGUUUGAGGGAAACGGAGGCAAAAAAAAAUUGUACUUUUCCAGGUCAUGUCCAUAAUUUAAUUAAACAGAAACAAGUUAACAAUUUACAGGUACAAAAUGUACAGUGGUCCAUGUAUUAGACACAGACACAGUGGAGCCAUUAUGUGUGUUCAUUUCUUUAUUUUUGUUCAUCCUUUGUGCAUGUUUUGCAGGUCCCUCCUAGCCCUGACAAAGACAAAUCCCAUCUUCGUACUCAUAGUACCAAAUUUGACGGGCCCUCAAUCCUUAAGGUAG